AUGAAAAGCCCCCUGGUGCUGACGGUGCUGCUGUCCUUAGCCGCGGCCAAGCUGUGUCACACCUACUGCGAAGGGACUCAGGAGCAACAGACGGCCAGAGGGGUCCAGACGAAGCCGAGCUCAGACCUCGACAAGCUGCCCACGGCCCUGCUCAGGAGACUCUACGACGGCCACCGGGUCUCCUACGAGGCGCUGCUGCAGCUGGCGGGCAAGGACGAUGCCCGUCCCAAGAUGCCCGUCCCCCCUCAGAAACGGGACAUGCACGACUUCUUUGUCGGCCUCAUGGGGAAAAGGACCCCGGAGCCCGACGACCCCACAGACGGGAACAAGGAGACUUCCGCUGGCUUCGGCGACCUCAAAUACCCCCCAAAUGCAGAAUGA